GCAUUCACCAAUCUCCUUGGUCCAGUCAAACGCAGCACUGCUGCAACAACCACCGUUUUCGGCAGCUGUGAAACAACCAAGGAACCGCUUGACCAUCUCCACUUCUCUGAUCAUCCCCGCAGAAUGGCCUCGAGCAGACUUGUCGAACUGACCGCGAUCAUUGCCCGCGAGACCCAGAAAGUGGACGACUUCUUCACCCAAAAUGGUCUUUCGCCGCUCUCCUUCGACCCCAGUGCCCCGGCCGACUUCCCCGUCCCGACGGGCAAUGUUGAGAUCCAAGAGGCACGUCGUACAGUGAUCAAUGCCACCCAGGAGCUGCAUGAUCUGAUGGUGGGGCCACGCGAGAGUGUUCGGUGGAUGUCAUGGAGCUACACCGACAACCUUAGCCUACUUGCCGUCUACCAGUUCAGAGUAGCAUCAGCCGUACCUGUCGACGGCGAGAUUUCCUAUGCCGAGCUAUCGAAAGCAACUGGGCUCGAUGAAACCAACCUCAAGCGACUGAUUCGACAUGCAAUGACCAACCGCAUCUUCAAGGAACCCCGAGAAGGUUUCGUCGCGCAUACCGCAGCUUCUCGGAUACUCGUAGAUGAUCCGCAGAUGAUUGACUGGGUUGGCCUCUGUAGCGCUGAUUUCUUUCCAGCUGCAGCCCACACCGUCGACGCAAUGCUGAAGUACCCAGGUUCGCAAGAGCCUGCAGAGUCGGGGUUCACCGUAGCCUGGAAGCAUGAAGGAACGCCCAUGUUUGCUGAGAUCGGGAAGGAUCCUGCUCGAGCGAAGCGCUUUGGAGGAGCUAUGAUGUCGCUGACCGGCGGCGAGGGCUACCAAGUCGACUAUCUGGUGGACGGGUACCCUUGGGACGAACUCGGGGAGUCGACCUUUGUUGAUAUUGGAGGUUCCCACGGCUUUGUUUGCGUGGCGCUGGCCCAGAAAUUCCCUGACAUGAAGUUCGUGGUACAGGACUUGCCCAAGACGGUUGCAGACGGACCGUCAAAGAUUCCCUCCGAACUUGCGGAGCGGAUUCGAUUUCAAGCUCAUGACUUCUAUACUGAGCAGCCGGUAAAGAAUGCCGACGUCUACUUCUUCCGUUGGAUCAUCCACAACCAAUCGGACAAGUAUGGCGUCAAAAUUCUCCAGGCACUGAUUCCGGCCCUGAAACCCGGAGCUCGCAUCAUCAUCAACGACAAUUGCUUGCCUAAACCGAACACUGCUGACCCAUGGGACGAAAAGAUUACUCGGACCAUGGAUGUGACGAUGCUCGAAUUGCUGAAUGCUAGAGAGCGAGAUGAAAACGAUUACGCGGAGCUUUUUAAGGCGGCAGACCCUCGUUUCAAGUUUACGGGAGCGAGGACCUCCAAGGGCUGCCGGAUGCACAUCAUGGAGGCCAUCUGGGAUCCGGAGCGUACGAAGACGUAACUCUAGACGAUCGAGUUUCCUUUAUUUGUGUCCUUGUGGUCUGCGCUUAGAGAGCGCUAGCGAAGAGAACGACUGUUCUCUUAUACUGGCAUGUUCGUUUUCAAGGCGAGGACGACUGAUGUUAGCGGCUUUGCUAUGACGUAUUAGCUUAGAUGAUACCCAGGAGAAUAUGGGAUACAGGUUGAUGUUUGUGGAGGGCUUGAUGAAAGAAGUGAGUGACAUUGCAAAGAAAGGACGACUAUACUUCGAAACUAGGUCCGCAAAGUUGGGCCAGACGCUCUCUAUUUAUAAAGAAUAAGCUCGGUUAGUACCCAAUUGGAAUGCUUAGCAGUCUGCCAACACUAACUCCCCCUACACCUGAAUGUUCCGUAGAUCACCAUCCCUGGCGUAUAGAGAUCCAGUUCCGGC